AUGAAAAAAACCACUUCUGAUGCAACUUCGAUUUCUUAUGAUUUGAAGCCUAAUCAGUCGGAUAUUGGUUCGAUUUCUUCUGAACAAUCAUAUAUGACGUGCAAUUGUGGGGAGAAAACGAAGGAAAAGGAGAUGGGAGUUUGGUCGGAAACAACCAAUGCAACAGCGAGAUGUAGGGGUUUGGAUUGCGCUUUCUGCUCAAGAACCGGAAAUCUGAGUAUCAUCAUGGCUGGCAAUGCUGAACCAAUUAAUGAGCAAGAAGUUGCUGCAAAAUAUGGAAACAUAAGAAGUGAAAUGAAUCAGAUUUACUCAAAAAUCACAGAACUAGAGAUGGAAGUAAGUGAGCACUCAUUGGUGAUCAAUGCCAUUCAGCCACUGGAUCCCACCAGACGUUGCUACAGAAUGAUUGGAGGUGUGCUUGUUGAGAGAACAAUCAAGGAAGUCUUGCCAGCUGUCCAACAAAACAAGGAAGGAAUUGAAGUGGUGAUUUCUAGACUUAAUGAAGCUUUGGAGAGGAAGAAGAAGGAGCUCACUGAUUUUGAAACUAAGUACAAGAUUAGAAUUAGGAAAAAUGAUGGGGAAUCCAUGGAUGAUAAUAGCAAGAAAGAAGGGUCUGCCCAGGGUGUUCUUGUGGGUCCUGCAAAUGCGUGAUGAAUUUGGUAUGUUUUUUUGUUCGUGUUAUCGUGCGUUUUCAUAGACUGUUAUAAACAUGAUUUGAUCUUGAGAUUUGUAAGAGUAAAGAUAAUUAGUAGUUAUGGUUUUUGCUACUUGUUUUUGAAUUUGAAUGAUUGACCUCUGAAAUAGUAAAGAUUUUGUGGCCUA